AUGAGUGGAUUUCGUGUAUUGGACUUGGUUAAGCCUUUCAGUUCGUUUUUGCCGCAGGUGAUAGCACCCGAACGCAAAGUCCAGUUCCAACAGCGAGUAAUGUGGACAAUCAUCACAUUGAUGAUUUUCUUGGUAAUGUCGGAAAUUCCACUUUACGGUAUAGCUUCGUCAGACUCUAGUGAUCCGUUAUUAUGGUUGAGAAUGAUGUUGGCCUCAAAUAGAGGUACACUAAUGGAAUUGGGUAUUUCGCCAAUUGUAUCUUCAGGAAUGUUGUUUCAAUUGUUACAGGGUACCAAGUUAAUACAUGUCGAUAUGCUGAAUAAGGAUGACCGUGAAACUUUUCAAGUUGCCCAGAAAUUGUUGGCAAUAUUGUUAGCUAUUGGGCAAGCUACUGUUUAUGUUUUGACCGGAAUGUAUGGGCCUCCCAAGUCACUUGGUGUUGGGCUUUGCCUUUUAUUGAUUUUGCAAUUGGUUUUCGCUAGUAUUAUUGUUAUCUUGUUGGAUGAAUUGUUACAAAAGGGGUACGGUUUAGGUAGCGGUGUUUCCUUGUUCACUGCUACAAAUACUUGUGAGCAAGUGUUUUGGAAAGCUUUUGCGCCAACUACUUCCACAUCAGCUAGAGGUACCGAAUUUGACGGUGCAGUUGUUUCUAUGUUUCAUUUGUUAGGAUCAAGGAAGGAUAAGAGAAGAGCUUUGAUUGAGUCCUUCUACAGACCAAACUUGCCAAACAUGUUUCAAUUACUAGCAACUAUUUUGGUAUUUUUCACUGUGGUUUAUUUGCAAGGAUUUAGAAUUGAGUUGCCCAUGAAGUCAACAAGACAAAGAGGUCCCUAUGGAUUAUACCCAAUUAGAUUGUUUUACACAUCAAACAUUCCUAUCAUGUUAGAAAGCGCCUUGGCUUCAAACAUCUUUAUUAUGUCUCAAUUGUUAUUUAUUAGAUGGCCAAAUAAUAUGCUUGUUAAGGUAUUGGGUACCUGGGAUGCAAGACCCGGGUCUGCGCAAUUAUAUGCCAACGGAGGAAUAGCUUACUACAUUCAGCCCCCAUUCAGUUGGACUGAAGCUUUAUUGGAUCCAAUUAAAACAACAGUUUACAUCAUCUUUGUAUUGGGUUCGUGUGCUGUUUUUUCUACAACCUGGAUUGAAAUUAGUGGUAGUUCACCAAGAGAAGUUGCCAAACAGUUCAAAGAACAAGGGUUAGUCAUUGCUGGUCAUAGAGACACCUCAGCUUACAAAGAAUUAAAGAAGAUUAUUCCUACUGCUGCUGCUUUUGGUGGUGCUACUAUUGGUGCCUUGUCUGUUGUUUGUGAUUUAAUGGGCACUUUGGGAAGCGGCACUGCUAUUUUAUUGGCUGUUACUACCAUUUAUGGAUAUUAUGAGUUGGCCGUUAAAGAAGGUGGUUUUAACAAGUCGUUGAUCACAAGUGGGUAUGCUGACUAA